UGGUUUUGGAGAAGAGGAGGAAGACGGAGAUGAGUAUGAGGAAAGAAAAUUCCGCCCAGUCGAGUUUUGCGUUUCGUUAGACGAAGACGUCGUCUCUCUCCGUUCUUCUUCUAGUUCUCUUGUUCAAGUUUCAGAGUUCUUGAAAGUUUUGGACAACAUUUUUGGCAGGACGGAAGAGAAAGUUGAAGAGGAGGAAAUUGGGAAAAUAUAGAGAGCUGUGCUGAAUGCAAGAAUUAACAACGGAGUCUCAACAAGAUCAGUACACUAAAAAUUUGCGGUUCUGUUGCAUCCAGAGUCAGUGUUUCAUUGUUGCGUUGGUUUGCUGCUUUCCUGACGUUUCCUUCCUACAGUCACUGCCGUUCGUUGGAUUACUGACUGACUGAGAUUUGUUCUUGUUUCCGUAUCAUCGCUUUGCUUGCAAGGAUUGACAGAGAAGAACACAAGAUGGAAGUCGAAAUGAACGGAAAUCUUUCAAAUUCCAGCACGAAUUCCAAUUACAACGGUUUCGAGUCCAACACUGUUGGGUGUGGUACUGAUUCCGGCGGACCAUUGACUUCGACACCAAUUUCCGACCGGAGCAUUGACGGUGAAGUUGAGCAACCCACUUCCACAUCGUACAUUGAGAAUGGAGGAGGAGGAGGAGGAAUGACAGCACCGAAGUAUGGGACGUUGAUUCCCAACCGGGUCUUUGUCGGUGGGAUUUCAUGUCAAACGAGUGAAUCGGAGUUGAUGCAGCUCUUUUCUAAAUUUGGUGCAAUUCGGGGAACCAAGAUUAUAAUGGACCGUGCCGGAGUUUCUAAAGGGUAUGGAUUUGUUACUUUUGAGACUGAGGAUGAAGCAAAACGGCUUCUCAACGCCAUGAAUCAUCGGCAGGAAAUGGCACCCAUAGUUCAUCGCGACCGUCGGUUAAAUAUUGCUCCCGCCGUAAAGAAACAGCCAAUGAUGCAACGGCAAAACGUAACUUAUGGGUCGCAAGGCUCCAUCGGCGCCUCUUCAACUUUUUCUCCCCCACCAUUUGAUUCUUACUACUACGCUCCUGGACAAUCCCCACAAGGGGAAUUUUUUGUGCCACCGGUGCCAAUUCAAGACAACUAUUUUCAACAACAGACACACGGAUUUAGCAAUGGUGGAUUCUCAAAUGGUAUCUCAAACGCACUUUCGACCGGACUCACCAACGGGUACUCUAACGGAGGACUUGCCAACGGCUACUCGUCGACAACUCAGGUGACUGACGGUAUGGGUCAAUUUUACACGGUUCCAAAUCUCGGAAUGGGACAAGCUAUUCAAGGACCGAACGGGAGUAUCAUAUUCGUACCGAUGCCAUCAAUGCCGUCAAUGCCGCAAUGUCAGCAACUCAAUUCAGUCAACUGGAUCGUGUAAACUUAUUAGCUAGUCAGUCAAUCAUCAAUGAAGUUAUAAUUUACAUUCAUAUAGAAGAUAUUGGAGAUACUAUCGUCACACGUUGUUAGCUAGUGAAUGACAUGAAAAAAUGAAUAGAUUUAUUACCGUAUAUAUAUUAUCUCAAAAUGUGCCACAACUAAAAUGUACAAAAUAUUUAUUCAACACUUUUGCAAAUUAGAAUAUUUAGCAGUGCAGUAUAAAAAAUGUGACAACUGCUUUAUCUGUGAUGUAGUAGAACAUGUACUGUAAUAAUAAUUAAGUAACGUAAAAAAAUGGCAUGUACUGUAGAUUUGUAGUACACACUGCAACUAAGAAAUUGUUAAUUUAGUCUAAGGUAAUCAUUUGUUAAACCCCAAAAUUCUUUUGUACCUUGCAUUAUUAAAUGUAAAUCCACGACUUGUGGAAUAAUUGGUUUAAAAAACUGAACAAGUGGGAGAAAAUCUUUGGAAAAGUGACUAGUUUAUACCGUAGUUCAGCACAUAAUACGUAAAUAAUGAAUUAUACUUCAAUCGUAUCAAAUAACAACCAAACAGUGUGAGUGACUACCUAUCCUGAUGCUAAAUAUGUGAAAAAUAUUACACCUUGAAACAUGAAAAAUAAACUAUCCUUAUGAGGAAGUUGAUCGGGUAAGAAUAUAAAA